GUGGAAACAUCAUUGGCGGUCAUGGGAAAGGCAUUGGAAAUCUUGGAAUUAAGUCAGGACAUGGGAUCUGCUACUGCUACCCAAGACGGAACUGUUAUUGUGAGAAAGGUGAUAUCAAGGAGCAAUUAUGUGAUGACGUGUGCAAGACUGUGAUAGCGGGGGCUGUGCUGCUGUCCUUCAUUAUCUCCGUGCUGCUUUCCUCUUAUUUCAUCCAUCGUUACCACAAGAAUUCUCCAAAGCCGCCUAUUGCCUCAGCAGAGAUGACUUUCCGGCGCCCAGCCCAGUCUUAUCCCAUCAGUUAUUCCUCUACUAAUGUCCGUCGGCCUUCUUUAGAUUCCAUGGAGAACCAGGUGUCUGUAGAUACCUUUAAAAUACCAGAAGACCCGAAGUGGGAAUUCCCUCGGAAGAACCUGGUUUUGGGCAAGACUCUAGGGGAAGGAGAGUUUGGAAAGGUUGUUAAGGCAACAGCGUUUAGACUCAAGGGAAGAGCCGGCUACACCACCGUGGCAGUGAAAAUGCUAAAAGAAAACGCUUCUCAGAGUGAGCUGCGAGAUCUACUUUCCGAAUUCAACCUUUUGAAGCAGGUGAACCAUCCUCAUGUCAUCAAGCUUUAUGGAGCCUGCAGUCAAGAUGGUCCUCUGUAUUUAAUUGUGGAAUACGCUAAGUAUGGUUCCUUGCGCAGUUUUCUCAGGGAAAGUCGAAAAGUAGGACCAAGCUACGUGGGCAGCGAUGGCAACAGGAACUCGAGUUAUUUGGAUAACCCUGAUGAGAGAGCCUUAACCAUGGGAGACCUGAUAUCGUUUGCCUGGCAGAUAUCUCGCGGAAUGCAGUACCUCGCAGAUAUGAAGCUUGUCCAUCGUGAUUUGGCAGCCAGGAAUGUACUGGUGGCAGAGGGACGCAAAAUGAAGAUUUCUGAUUUUGGCCUGUCCCGUGAUGUAUACGAAGAAGAUUCAUAUGUCAAGAGGAGCAAGGGCCGGAUACCUGUCAAGUGGAUGGCCAUAGAAUCCCUAUUUGAUCAUAUCUAUACAACACAAAGUGAUGUGUGGUCAUUCGGAGUUCUGCUGUGGGAGAUUGUAACUUUGGGAGGCAAUCCUUACCCAGGUAUUGCUCCUGAGCGACUCUUUAACCUCCUGAAAACAGGCUAUAGAAUGGAGAGACCAGAAAACUGCAGUGAAGAAAUGUACAACCUGAUGUUGCGCUGUUGGAAGCAAGAGCCAGAUAAAAGACCAACAUUUGCUGAGAUCAGCAAAGAACUAGAGAAAAUGAUGGUAAAAAGUAGGGAUUACUUAGAUCUUGCAGCAUCCACCCCAUCUGAUUCCUUACUUUACGAUGACGGGCUCUCAGAAGAGGAGACACCACUCGUGGACUGUAAUAAUGCUCCCCUCCCUCGAACCCUCCCUUCCACAUGGAUUGAAAACAAACUCUAUGGCAUGUCAUACCCGAACUGGCCUGAGGAGAGCCCCGUUCCACUCACAAGAUUCGAUGGCACUAACUCUGUGUUUCCAAGAUAUGCAAAUGAUAGUGUAUAUGCUAACUGGAUGGUUUCACACUCAGCGGCAAAAUUUAUGGACAAGUUUGAUAGUUAAAAUUUGCUUUGUGAAAGGUAAUGGACUCGUGAGGGGAACAAAUACGCAAAGAAUGGAAAGUCCAUUGUUUCGUUCUUUGUACAGUCAACACCUACCUUUUAAAUUGGCAAAAUCUUCUACUGAUACUUUCUAAAAUAUGUUAUUCAUGUUGAAGACUGUAAUUGGUGAUUUCCCCUUUCAGAAAACAUAUCAAGCUGGAUAAAAGUUGUAGUUCCAGUACUUCUUUUUAGACUGCCAUUUUGCAUAUGGUUCCAUUUGGCAACUGCUUACUGCAAAUGGCCUUGCACUUCAUUCUCAAGGUUUUUUAGAUUAACUGUCCUGUAUUACAGCUUUCUGGGAUGGGAGAAGGUACUCGAACUGCUACUUUUAUAGUGGCUGUUAGCCUAUGACCACUUGAUCUAGGCAGGAAGCACAAACAAUAUAUGGACGGGAGGGGGGAAAUACGCUCCCAAGUUAGUGAGCUUGGUGUCGAAUGAGGGGGCUGAUGUUGGCACUAACGAAGCCUGUAUCUUGGUUUGGAGGCAAACGUUAAGUAACUCGGUAGAGAACUUGAGAUUCAACAUUUGAAGUCUUGUAAAAUGUAUUGUCUUGUCUUAAUGAGAAGAGAGUUUGUUUUAUUAGUCUUAAACUACUCUUACCUUUAGCACAAUGGAGAUAAAUUUGAUAAAAGAUAUGCUGUAUGGACUGAUGGCAAUCAACCGUGCUCACCCAACAAUUUAUUUUCCAUCACGUACAUCUUACUAGGGUCAAAAUGUACAAUCUUGUACAAUCAUAAUUCCUCUUAUGUGUUCCGUACGGACUGUACAGCAUUUUUGGACUGAAUUUCAGUACACAGAUUUUGUUUGCGGUCAUGUACAUUGGGUUGGAGUCCUCCUCUCAGCUCAGAAUUGGAUGCACUGCCACACACGAGACACUGCCGUGAUAUAGCUCCAAAUAACCCUUACUGUCCUGGAAGUCAGGAGUAAGCGACACUUGCACAGCAAAACCGUUGUUAGUUAACCCAUACAAAUACAAUGUCUCUGAAUUUGUUAAAGAUGAAGGGAAAUAUAAAAAUGUUGUGCUACAACAUUGACUUGAUAUUUAGGAAAAUGAUCUGCCUAUGGGUCAUACGGUCGAUGUGGAAGAGUAAAUGAUCAGCACUAUUUUUGUCUUUAUUUGUAAUCUAAUAUGGUUAAAGAUAACUUUUUCUUUGCUAAAAAUAUUGGGACAUUAAUCCUGAGUGACUCAUUGUUAGCGUUGUGAUGGUUAUUCUAAAUAAUCCAGUUCUACCAAAGCUUGCUCCUGUCACUUACAAUCCAGUUUAGCUGUUUUCAUAUGUUGUUUUGUGUGUCAACUUUGUUUCCAUUAAAGUCUGUGAUUUCAGAGAAGAAAAAAAAAAAAAAAAGAGUCAAACUGCCAAAACCUUUACAGAGAUUUUCACAUGCCAAAACUGGGAUAUCAAGUGCUGUAUUGGAAUUUAAACAACUUCACUAGUGUGUGUUGUCUUUGGGUCUGUCCUAGUUUUUGACAAGCACUGCAAACUGUGGCUUUUUCUUUGUACAAACAAUUACCGUGUCGUGUAAAACUGAUGUACAGAAAACACAUAUGGCUAUGUAUGCAAAAAGGGUUCAGUUGUGAUAUCAUGGUGAUCCUCACUGGCAUAGCACAGCUGUCAGAACACUGUAAGAACGCAUAGCUUUAAAAUAAAAGCGCUGAAAAUGGA